AAAAGAGUUCUUGUAGCAUUGGAAGAGGCUGGGGUUUUCACUUCAGGCGGUCUGGUCAGGGACAAGGUCCUCUUCUGUAGCACAGAGAAUGGGCGGUCAUCAUUUGUUCGGCAGUUGGAACCAGAUUGGCAUGUUGACACAAAUCCGGAAAUUAUCUCUCAGUUAGCUAGGUUUAUCAAGUACGAACUUCAUGUCUGUCCUUUUAGAACCGAACGAACUGCUGCUAAUGUGUUCAGUGCUUCAUCCCUGGAACAGUUCUUUGGAUCUAUAUGAAACUCAAUCUACUAGAAGAUGAAUUGUUAUUCGUGAAGUUGAUUUCAGUUGUUUCCUUCUGGAUCUUGGCCUCUAGCCACCAUACUAGGUAGAUUUUCUUCAAACUUGUGAGGGUGUUGUCCCUGGGUCUUCAGAUGAAUGAAUACCGUGCAUCCGUAUCAAAGAAGAAAUUUUAAUCUUUUUUUUUUUUGCCCUUUAUACUUGAGCUUUGUGCAAUAUAUUGGAUCAAAUGAUAUGCCACUGUAUAAAAAUGGUCGUCAUCCUUACUUUACAGGCUAUAGAAAAGUCCCUCUUUUUUUUUUUGACAAAAGAAAAAUCUAUUGAUCCUUAUUUGUACAGCCACGAAACAUAGUAUUUUUCUCUUUAUAUUUGUAGUUGGUCAUGUUUCUGGCAUUAGAAUUCACUCUUUCAAAUCAACGAUGUGAUAACCUAAUCAGCAAUCGUGCCAGUUUGAAAGUGUUUUCUGGCUGGUGGUUCAUUUGCAUAUAUAUGAAAAGUAAUAGGAUGAAGGUGUAUUUUUGCUUCUGAUGUA